GCAACUACCAAGAAAUCAAAACCAAUGUUAAUAAUUUCUCCACAAGAAAAAAAAAAGAAGAAUGUCGAUAAGAAGAAGAAAAAGAAUGGCAGAAUUGGGAAAAGAGGAGGCGUCAUCAAAUUGUGAUUCUAUGAGCUCUUCUUCUUGACUGACUAUUAUAAAACUGCACCCAACAAAUUCAUCAACUCAGCUUACAAUGGAGGCAACUGCAAAAGUAGCUUCAAUCUUCAUUUACCCCAUAAAAUCAUGCCGCGGCAUUUCUGUUUCUCAAGCACCACUCACUCCUACUGGAUUCAGAUGGGAUCGUAACUGGUUAGUGGUGAAUUCAAAAGGAAAUGCAUAUACACAAAGAGUUGAACCCAAGCUUGCUCUGGUCGAGGUCAACCUCCCACACGAGGCAUUUUUGGAUGAUUGGAAACCCACUAAGAACUCCUUCAUGGAAAUUAAGGCUCCUAAGAUGGGUGUGCUUAAGAUACCACUUGAAGGAGCACAUGAUGUAGCAGGUGAUGUCUCGGUAUGGGAAUGGUCUGGCUCAGCAUUAGAUGAGGGAGCUGAAGCAGCAAAAUGGUUUUCAGAUUUUCUUGGCAAACCCAGUCGACUAGUGCGUUUUAAUGCAGCAUCUGAAUCCAGGGCUGUGGAUCCUAAUUUCGCUCACGGACACAGCACUAUGUUUUCUGAUGGCUAUCCAUUCAUGCUAAUAUCUCAGGGAUCAUUGGCUGCACUAAAUAAGCUUCUCAAGGAACCUGUUCCAAUUAACCGUUUUAGACCCAACAUUUUUGUCGAUGGCUGUCAACCAUUUUCAGAGGACUUAUGGAAAGAAAUAAGGAUAAAUAAAUUUACAUUUGAAGGUGUCAAGUUAUGCUCCCGCUGUAAGGUACCUACGAUUAAUCAAGAUACUGGGGUAGCAGGAUCUCAACCAACUGAAACUCUAAAGCAAAUUCGGUCAGACAACAUUUUGCGUCCAGAUAAGAAACAACAGGGAAAGGUCUACUUCGGGCAGAACCUGGUUUGGAAAGACAAAUAUAAUGGAGGAAAGGGGAGCAUAGUUCAUGUGGGAGAUCCUGUCGUCGUUUUGAGGAAAGUUUCGACUGCAGCUGAAGCUGCUGCCUGAAUCAUCUGAAUGUCACUUAAUCAUGUCGAAUAUCUAGCAGUAGAACCAGUAAGUUGCAUACAAUAAAAUGUGUCCAUGGCACUGACAAAGAAUUUAGUAGAUGUAUGUAUGCUGUUCCGUUAUGUAAUAAAGGCUAAUGCCGGGAAGAUAGUUAUGGUAAAAUUUGGUUUUUCCAAUAUAUGUAUGAACUUAUGAACUAUUGACAGCAACAACUCUUAAUUCUCCUA